AUGAAACCUCUGAUGGAGGACCUUGCGAAGACGAUGGGAGACUCAACGGCGCUUCCACUCGGUAUUCGGCAUAUAUUCAGCAUAGAUGGACAAACGCGAAUAACGGACAUAGACCAAUUUGAGGAUGGCGAGUCAUACGUUUGUUCGAGCACAGAGACAUUCAAAUCUGUUGACUAUGCUAAUGCUCGCGAACCAUACUGGUGUUUUGCCCUUUCUCGGACAAAUCGACCAAAUGAGGCAGCAAUGCUGGGUUUGUGGGGGACAGAGCACGUUACUGUCGAACCUACUCACUUUGUAUUUCCACGAAUUAUUACCGUGAUUCGUAAUGGUGUGAAGCCACGGAGAGUUAUACGACAUUUGCUCAAUAAGAAGACUGCCAGGUGAGC